CAAUUCUAAUGCUAUUCCGUAAAAGCUCUCUUCUUUAUCAUUCUCUCUCUAGUCUCCAGAAUUUGGCGGUUGUUAUUCUGUCCCUUUGUGGCUCCAUGAAUAUAGCCCUCCCCACCAAAGCCUUCGCUUGGACGUUGAUCAUGAGCAUUCUGAUCCUAACUCUGGUGAUUUCACUGUCGUUUGCUGAAUCCUCUAGUUCUUGUCUGUUUAUAGGUGCUAGCUCCACUUGCGCAGUUCUGCAUUUCGCGACAACCAUGGUAGGGAACAGAGCCCCUUCGAUGGCUUCAAGCACAAAGGUUCGAAAAUUUGGGGAAGCUUCCGUUGGCACAGUGGUAGAGUCGGCGAGGAAAGUCCCAACCGGACCCGACCCUCUUCAUCACAACAAGAAUCCCACUGGCCCUUGUGCUGAUAUCUCCUCUGUUAGAGGAUAGGAUUUUAACU